CACAAUUCAUCAUUCUCUUUCCCUCUCAUAAACUAAGUGUCUUUCUCUCACACUGUCUGCACUCUUUCUCUCCUCUCCAACUAACACUACCUUUGUCUCACUCAUACCCCAUCAUUCUUUCCCUUUCAUUCACACAUCUCUGCAACACUGUCUGAUUAUUUCUCACCCUUUCUCUCUCAAAAAUAAAAUUCUAAAGCUUACGAAAAAAAAAAAAGAAAAAAGAGACAGUGAUAAUUCUCCUACUUUUCCCACCGCCAAGAUGAACGACAGCGAGUUAAGCGAUUUUGGAGGACUUGACUCUAACUCAACCGCCACACGUAAUUUGGUAAGCCUAAAUGAAUGGCAUAACACUGUUAUAUCUCAACUGACUCCAGAAGCCCAAACUUUUCUGAUGGUUCUUUACAGUUUGACAACAUUCACUUCAGUACUGGUAAUAUAUUAUCAAUAAUAGUCUUCGCCAAAGGCAAGAAAUGUAAAACGGACAUCAAACCUUUUCUUCUCAAUUUGGCCGUUUCUGAUCUUAUCAUGGCAUUAUUCUGUAUUCCAUUCACCUUAAUGGUGGUGCUUUUUCACAUAUGGUUUUUAUCCCCGGCCAUGUGCACCCUGGUUUUGUUCCUUCAGGUAUUUUCUGUAACCAUGAGUUCCUUCACGAAUAUGGCGAUUGGUGUCGAUCGACUUAUCGCUGUUUUGUUCCCACUUAAAAUUCGCAUAACGUCGUCUCGAUCCAGCUGCAUGAUCGCCCUCAUCUGGUUGUUCUCGGUGGCAAUAGCUUCCGCAGAGUUAUUUGUGGCCAGAGUUGCGGAAGCUUACUUCGAAGGAGACAUCGUUCUGGUAUGCGGCGAGAUCUGGGAAAAAGCGUCACAUGGUUCGAUUUACUGGUGGAUGAACAUCGUUUUUGUUUGUUUCAUUCCUUUUAUUGUUUUAACGGUGACUUACUCAAUACUUGCUAAUGUCUUGUGGAAGAGGAGAGCACCAGGAAAUGCAGACACGAGCAGAGAUCAGCUGGCCUUAAGAGCCAAAAGAAAGGUUGUAAAAAUGCUACUGACCAUUGUAGUCAUGUUCGGUGUAUGUUGGAUGCCUUUAAGUAUAUUAAUCUUGUUCCUCGAGUACCAUUAUGAACUAGCUUUGAAGCCCGGUUCCAAAUUAAUAUCUAUAUAUAUUUCCCUACACUGGUUAGCCAUGGCCCACUCUUUUGUGAACCCUAUCAUCUAUGGCUUCAUGAAUGAUAAUUUCAGAGAUGAUUUAAAAAAUCUCUUCAAGAAAUUACGACUCUUAUCGUCCGUAAGAUCAGCAUCAACAACAUAUACGUCAUAGGAUUCAGCUACUGUGAAGAAAAUUACUUUCGAAGAAUUUAAGUUGAAAAAAAUUAAUCUUCAGACUUCGAGGAAAAAAAAUUCUUGUCCUGGCUGAUUGCAAUGCCAAGUUGUUCUACAGGAAAGACAGGUCUAUCGGUAUCCAAAGGACAGAAGUCAUUUCGUGUAAAAAAUUUAGGACUACAAAUAAAACGUUCUACAAUUCCUUUUAAGCCUCCCAUAAAACACGCUGGUGCACACA